AUGGCGCUGGUGAGGAGGUUGCAGACAAUUCGUUCUCUGUUGAGAACAUCUGAAUCAAGAGAAUCUUUCCUUUCUGUUCGGAGUGGAAAUGAGCUCUCUUGGAUUGAGAGUGGAGAUGAUUCCAGCUUUUCGAGUAAUUUAGUAAUGAAAUUUACAUUUCCAGGAACUGACGCUCAUGGAAAGAGCGUGUAUUCACGCUUAUACGAGUGCCUCAACGCCUACACGGAUUUGCUUCGAUCUGCAAUGAUUGCAGAGUCUAUACCAUUCACGAAUAAAAAAAGAUCUGCUGCAACGCAAGUAAAGGCUCCUCAGCUACAGAAAACGGAUGCUGUUAGAGUGUCGAUGGUAAGUCCUGGAUUUGUUUACGAACCCUAUGCACUCCAUGAGAAAUCUCGAUUUGGCGAAGGUAAAGCCAAAAGAAUCGAAAUGCAGAACCUGAAGCACAACUUGAAACUGUUCUCCAUUCUCAAUAAGCAGAUUGAAUCGGACACCAUUGGACACCAUUCUUUAUUUUAA